GGGAAAACAAAUCCUUUGUCAAAUCAAUUUAUCUAAUUUAUCAAUUUUGUAUUCCAAAGCUCUGGUGCUCUGUACAUUUUGCGAUUUAAAAAUAUGAAAAACUGAAAUCAAUACAAUGGAAGAGCUAAAUGACAAGUUUUAUUAUGCUUACAGUUCUUCAAUUCCAGAGAGAAUUCAGGUUAAAAUUGGUACCUUGGAGGGUAAAAGGCAAAAACCAGAAUAUGACAAAUUACUAGCGGACCCGAUGCUGAAGUAUUCGGGCUUGUACCAAGACGGCUGUUCAGAUUUAAUGGUGGUUUGUCAAAUUUAUGAUCAAAAUGAACCCCUAGGCUUACCAGUAAGCACGUCAUAUAAAGCGUUCACCUCUAGAUGGAAUUGGAAUGAAUGGUUAACACUGCCAGUGCAAUUUGAUGACUUACCUAGAACUGCUCAACUUGCAUUGACUAUCUACGAUUGUUUCGGACCUAAUAAAAUUGGGCCGGUCGGAGGAACGACAGUGUCUCUCUUCAGCAAGCAUGGUUUGUUUAGACAGGGUAUGCUGGAUCUACGCGUUUGGCCUAAUAGAACAGCAGACGGCAACUCUCCCACAACAACGCCUGGUAAAGCGAAAGAUCAGGGCAAAGAACAAAUGCAAAGAUUAGCCAAACUUGCCAAAAAACAUAGAAACGGACAUAUUACGAAAGUAGAUUGGUUGGAUAGGCUAACGUUUCGAGAAAUAGAAUUGAUAAAUGAAAAGGAGAAGAGGAUCUCAGAUUAUCUCUAUGUAAUGAUAGAGUUCCCAAUGGUUAUUGUUUGCGGAAUCCCACAUUAUAUAGUGUAUUUUGAACCAAACGGUGAAGAUAUUGUUUCGUUUAGGACACAAACUGAUUUGGUUACCGUACCUGAUCAGGAAAUUUUGAAGGAGAACCUAGUCGAGAGCAAACACCACAAACUAGCCAGAUCCCUAAGAAGCGGCCACAGUGACAAGGAUGCCAAACCCAACGCCACGAUGCGCGACAUUCUCAACACGAUCAUUCGCUACCCGGCCACGAAGAAUCUGUCCAACGAGGAGCAAGAUAACGUUUGGAAAUACCGGUUCUACCUGAGCACCCACAAAAAGGCGUUAGCGAAGUUCCUGAAAUGCGUCAAUUGGGACCAGCACAACGAGGUGCGGCAGGCGUUGCACAUGAUGGAUAUAUGGGUGCCCAUGGACGUAGAAGAUGCUUUGGAAUUGUUAGGCCCUAGUUUCACGCAUCAGGCUGUUAGGAGAUACGCGAUAUCGCGGUUACAGCAAGCCCCGGAUGACGAGAUACUGCUGUACCUGCUCCAGUUGGUUCAGGCGUUGAAAUAUGAGAAUUUUAAGACUAUACAAGAUGGUUAUGCGAGGAUAUCCCCGGGUCGUGAGGUCCUAAUCGGGGAAGUGGAGGCCCAGCUCGAGAAGAAGGACAGCAAAGAGAGCAACAGCACUAUAACGAACGAGUCCGUCAUGCACCGAUCGGGCAGCUACAACCAAGCGGAUCAGGUGGCGGCGUCCAAUGUAAACAGCGUGAUAGAAGUCGAUCCGGAACAAAAACCGACCGGUCUGCCCGAGAAUGUCGUGCAGAACCUUAAUCCGUGGACUGAUUCCGGUAAUACCGACACCUUGCAGAGCCAUAUGAACGAGGAGGAGGAAAUAGAGGACUUGGCGUCGUUCUUGAUACACAGGGCUUGCAAGAAUUUCACUCUCGCUAAUUACUUGUACUGGUAUUUGUUGUUGGAGUGCGAGGAUCAGGAGCCCAAUCUUAAACAGGACUUGGAAGUGCGGGAAAUGUACUUAACCGUGAUGAAAAUGCUUUCGCAAACGUUGGCCAAAGGCACGGAGAGCAUGCAGAAGAAGAGGUACACGCUGACGAAACAGCAGAAAUUCAUGGAUAAGCUGGUGAAGCUGAUGAAAACCGUGUCCCGCGAAAGCGGCAACCGCAAGAAAAAGGCGGAGAAGCUCCAACAGCUCUUGGCCGAUUCGGACAUUUUUAAGUUUAAUUUCUCGAAAUUCGAACCCAUACCGUUCCCUCUGGACCCGGAGGUGAUUAUAAACGGGAUAGUCCCGGAGAAAGCCAGUUUAUUCAAGUCCGCGUUAAUGCCCUCGAAGUUGUAUUUCAAAACGAUCGAUAACGAGGAGUAUGUAGCUAUUUUUAAACUCGGAGACGACUUACGGCAAGAUCAGCUUAUUUUGCAGAUGAUCACUCUCAUGGAUAAGUUACUGAGGAAGGAGAAUUUAGAUCUCAAACUGACGCCUUACAGGGUUCUCGCUACCAGUACGAAACACGGAUUCGUGCAAUUCAUCGAGUCUGUGACCGUGGCUGAAGCGCUGGGCAGUGAAGGCAGCAUUCACAACUACUUUAAAAAGUACCACCCGCAAGAGAACGGCCCGUACGGCAUAGUACCGGACAUCAUGGAUACAUACGUGAAAUCCUGUGCGGGCUACUGCGUUAUAACCUACCUCCUGGGGGUCGGUGAUAGGCACUUGGACAACCUUCUGCUCACGCAGGACGGGAAGUUGUUCCAUAUCGAUUUCGGUUAUAUUCUGGGGAGGGACCCCAAACCGUUACCUCCUCCCAUGAAGCUGAGCAAAGAGAUGGUGGACGCGAUGGGAGGUGUGAAUUCGGAACAUUACCAAGAGUUUCGGAAGCUUUGUUACACGGCAUUUUUACACUUGAGAAGGCACGCAAAUCUGAUGCUGAACCUGUUCUCGUUGAUGGUGGAUGCGAGCGUUCCCGACAUCGCCCUGGAGCCGGACAAGGCGGUGAGGAAGGUCCAAGACAAACUGAGGUUGGAUUUGAGCGACGAAGAAGCCGUCCACUACAUCCAGAACCUCAUCGAGACCUCCGUGUCCGCAGUGAUGCCCGCCAUCGUGGAACAAUUUCAUAAGAUCACUCAGUAUAUAAGGAAAUAAAAAAACGGUUUGUUUCGACGACCACACACGAUUUUUUUUUUAUAUAAGCGAAUAUUUAUUUGUAUAGAAACAAUUGAAAAAAAGCUAUGUUUGGUUUCUUCCGUUCCUAAUUAACGUAAUAAAAACAUAAAAACUUCA